GUAUCAAAAGUCUAUACAAUCACCAUUUGCAUGUUCGUCUCGGCCAUGCAAGCUUCGUAUAGCUGAUUUUUUGUUGUUGUAGUAAUCAAAACCAACAUAUUGGGUUAUUUUUACUCAUUUAAGUACAUUUAUGCUGCUGCACCGUCCAAAUUACAAAAACGAAGAUGACAUCUAAACUGAAAGUUGGGAAGGUCGGCUCAAAGAGUAAGGAGGAUGCUCCCUAUGAGUUGGAAAGCCAGUUUAUCCUCAGGCUUCCUUCGGAGUAUGCCUCAACAGUAAGAAGGAUUGCCCAGUCAAGCAGUAUGAACAUAAAAGACAGACUCACCAUCGAGUUGCACCCUGAUGGUCGUCAUGGCAUAGUGAGAGUAGACCGCGUCCCUUUGGCCUGCAAACUGGUGGAUCUGCCCUGUAUGAUUGAGUCUCUGAAAACGGUGGACAAGAAGACAUUUUACAAAACUGCUGAUGUCUGCCAGAUGCUGGUAUGUACACUAGAUGGAGACCUUUACCCUCCUUUAGAGGAGCCAACUGGGACCGACCCCAAGAGCAAGAAGAAAGACAAAGACAAGGACAAGAAAUUUGUUUGGAACCAUGGCAUCACCUGCCCUCUAAAGAACACACGCAAGAGAAGAUUUCGGAAAACUGCGAAAAAGAAGUACAUUGAAUCUCCUGAUGUGGAAAAGGAGGUGAAGAGAUUGCUAAGCACAGAUGCUGACGCUGUCAGUGUCCGGUGGGAAAUCAUAGCAGAAGAUGAGUCCAAAGAAGCAGAUCAGCACAGCUCUCUGGCCAACCUGGACUCCUCACCUGGCACCUCGGGACACAAGAUGGGUCAUGGGUCCUCUGCCCAGCGUGACGAACUGAGAGAGAUCUUCAACGACAUCAGCAGCUCCAGUGAGGAUGAGGAGGACGAAGGGGACCGGCACGAGGACGAGGACCUGAAUAUCAUGGACACGGAGGAUGAUCUGGUCCAACAGCUCCAAGAGAAACUCAACGAGUCCGAUUCUGCACAGCAUGAAAGUGAUAGAAACAACCAGAUAGUUAUGGAGUAUCAGGUGCAGAUCAACGGCGUCAAGGCCAAGCUUCAGGAAACCCGCGCCCGAAAGAAACAGCAGGAGGAGCUCAUCAUGAAAGUGGAAAAUCAGGCCCUCAAAAACCGCUUCCAAGCUUUGUUGGAUGAGAUUAUUCAGCAGGAGGAGCGAGAGAUGGAGCAGCUGGCCUCCCUGCAGGAGCAGCUGGACUCACUGAUAGAGAAGUGACCACCAGGGGGCAGCCUAAUGUCAUCUUCAGCACAUACACACACAUGAAGAGGAGGAGAGCCUUCAUCCAAGGAGGAGGGAGUCUUUAUUCGCUGACUUGCUGUGUCAUUCCUUUGUUUGUCAUCUCCAUACAUUAAACAUACAGCAUACUCUUUUAUGUAUUAAAAGUCAAUAUUUUUUAUUAGGUUGACAAAAGUUGUUUAUUACGUUAUGAUUCAAGUAUUUGAUUGGCUUCAACUGUGCGUAUUUUUGCUUUUCAUUUUAAAGUAAAUGUACUCUUAGCCAACUCACAAUAAAUUACAGUGAUACACAA